AUGGCAGUCUCUUGUAAUCAACAGAACAGUUCGGUUUACGCGUUGUGUUCGUUCCAUAAGAGAUAUACCUAUGUUAUAUUACCAACAUUGCUUUGAACAAUUUUUUUUUCUGUUAAAAAGAAUUUCAUUAUAAAGUAAAAGUCGCGCGGAUUUAUUCAAUUUCAAUGAAUCAGAGACUAUUUUUUUUUGCAACGAGCUUACAUGCCGUACAACGUUAACAAAACAUCUGUAAAAAUAAUUUCUUUUUCUCGUUUUUUUUCAAUAGAAAUUGAUGUUUAAAUAUCGAUGUGUGUAACAUUUAAAAAUGAUUUCGAUAUAUUCGGCGUUUCGGUAGCUUAUGUAUGUCUAUUUAGAAAUGUAUCGUAGUUUCAGACAAUUUUAAUUCAAAUUUACAUUGUGUAACUAUACUCCAUUUUAUUGGAUUCAAUUAAAAUUUAUGGCAUAAACUAAAUGUGUCUCUAAGUGUAGAAAAAAAAACCAGAUGCAAAUCACACAGAAUAUCAUAUUCACACACAUUAUUGUAGAAAAGUGCAUCCAAUAUACGGUGUGUGUAUGUUUAUAAAUGUAACAACUAAAGAACAAUAAAUUCAACAUUACAGCCGAACAGAGUUUUCCACACACACGAUAAGUGCAUUUUGUACACGAAAAAGGCAUAAACACAAAAUGAAAUUCAACUCAAAUACAUCGUCAAUUCAACAAAAUGCCAGCAGCUAUAAUAGCCGUCUUGACAUUCUACAUGUAUCCAAGCCACAGCACGAACACUUUUAGAAGCAUUAAUAAGACACGUCGUGGAUGACGCAACGUUGACAAAUUUUUUCUUUUCGUUUUUGUUUCUUGUAUGCAAUGAAUAAAUUCUUACAUCAAAUUAUAUGAGUUACAAACGAAAAAAUUUAAUUCCACAAAGAAGUAUCACCAAAUUAUCGCCAUCAUUAAACAAUUGCGUGUUGUAAAGAAAAAAAAACUUUUUUCAUAAAUCGAAUCAAGAUUUCAACGUUAAGUUGUAAAUCAAAAAAAUAAUAAAAAUCGUGAAAUUGACAUAUAAAAAAUGUGUGUAAACGAAGAAGUAUAAAUAUUAAAAUUCUUGAUAUAAAAAAACAAAAAACUUGAAACCUUUUUACGGACUCAAAGAAUUAUAAAUUAACAAAAACUAUGCAAAAUUAAAAUAUAAAUGAAGUGAAAUGAAUAAUGUAGAAAGAUUUGUUACAAAAAUAUAGUCAUAACUAAGUAAAUAUUAUAUUCGUCUGAUCACUAAUUAUAAAGGUACACACAGAAUUAAUAAAGUAAAAACUAAUUUUUCAUUAAGUGCAUAGAAUCAGAUUCAUAUUAGUGACAUUUGUGUUUUCAAGUACAUUAUUCAAGUACAUAAAUUUCAACGAAAUUAAUGACGUGUAAAUAAUUGCGUAAUUUGCGGAAAUAAUAAUUUAAUUUCUCUGUUAAUAAAGUUUUCAUAAAACUGUUGUGUUACAGACUCAGUGGAUAAUUUUGUUGGAUUUUCACAAGCAAACAAUAAUUGGAUUUUAGUGCUCCAAUUUUGUAAACAUAUGUGCAAUAUAUUUGAGCCUCACACCAAUUUCGAAAUGGAUAGAAUGUGUUAAUGAAAGUAGUUAAGGAGCUAAAAACACUUUGUGUCAAUCAUCAAAAUGGUCAAAUACAAAGUCUAAUCGACGAAACAUUGUGUAAUAAACAUUGUGUCAGUGCAACAGUUACAAUUUAAAGAAAAAGAAAAAAAACAAUUUUUGAAAACGAAAAUACUCGUACCAAUUACAAAAAAAGACAAUUUGUGUCAUGUUUCGUUUAAAUACAUCAAAUCCGGCUGUGACCGGAGUAUCACAUGGCCAUUCCCAAGUCAUUACCCAACAACAAACGCAUCACAUACCUCAACAAAAUGCACCAGCUCACCAACAGCAUUCGACACAUCAACAGCAUUCACAUCAACCGUUGGGUAGCGUGUUGAGUCAGUUGGAUGCAAUUAGUGUGAGUGGUAGUAAUGGGCCCAGUGACAAUAGCAUUCUCAUAAAUGAGACGAUAUUGACGGCUGUUAAGGCUGAGCCAAUGCACGAUACAGCCUCAACCAGCUCAACUAUCACCAAUGGACAUGUCAUUUAUACACCAAUAAAGCGACCUAGAUUGGAAGGUAACGAUGACUGGCUAUCCUCACCUAGUCCCGGUAGUGUACCCAGUUCAGCACCGCCACUCAGUCCGUCACCAGGCUCACAGAGCCACAACUACAAUACAACAAUGUCGAAUGGUUAUUCAUCACCAAUGUCAAAUGGAAGUUACGAUCCAUACAGUCCGAAUGGCAAAAUAGGUCGUGAAGAUCUAUCACCAUCGAGUAGUUUAAAUGGUUACAGUGCAAACGAUGCGGAUUCGAAAAAAGCGAAAAAGGGACCAACACCAAGACAGCAAGAAGAACUUUGUUUGGUGUGCGGUGAUCGGGCAUCUGGGUAUCAUUAUAAUGCACUCACUUGUGAGGGUUGUAAAGGCUUUUUCCGGCGUAGUGUCACAAAAAAUGCCGUAUAUUGCUGCAAAUUUGGUCAUGAAUGUGAAAUGGACAUGUACAUGAGACGGAAAUGCCAAGAGUGUCGACUGAAAAAGUGUUUAGCUGUUGGUAUGCGGCCCGAAUGCGUUGUACCGGAAACACAAUGUGCAAUCAAACGGAAAGAGAAGAAAGCACAAAAAGAGAAAGACAAACAGCAGAUACCACCAUCGUCGGUGGUUACCACUACAGAUACCUAUAAAAGUGAAAUACCAUCACUGAUGAAAUGUGACCCACCUCCACAUGCCGAGUGCACGCAACUUUUAUCACAAAAAUUACUGGACGAGAAUCGAGCCAAACAUGUUCCUGCUUUAACAAACAAUCAAUUAGCUGUAAUUUAUAAAUUAAUUUGGUACCAAGAUGGAUACGAGCAACCAUCUGAAGAAGAUCUGAAACGAAUAAUGAUAAAUUCGCCGGAGGAUAGUGAAGAUCAGCAUGAUGUAAAUUUUCGACACAUAACCGAAAUUACCAUUCUGACAGUUCAAUUAAUUGUUGAGUUUGCCAAAGGCUUACCAGCAUUUACCAAAAUACCACAAGAGGAUCAAAUCACCUUGUUAAAAGCUUGUUCCAGUGAAGUAAUGAUGUUACGUAUGGCACGUCGUUACGACGCCGAAUCAGAUUCCAUUCUAUUCGCCAACAAUCGCACCUACACCCGAGACUCCUACAUAAUGGCUGGCAUGGCGGACACAAUAGAAGAUUUAUUGCAUUUCUGUCGACAGAUGUACUCGAUGACCGUGGACAAUGUGGAAUAUGCGCUGCUAACAGCCAUCGUGAUAUUUUCGGAUCGACCGGGUUUGGAGCAAGCUGAUCUAGUACAAGCCAUUCAGAGUUAUUACAUUGACACGCUGCGGAUAUACAUUCUGAAUAGGCAUGGUGGUACAACGAAAUGUAUGAUAUUGUUUGCGAAAUUGUUGUCCAUUUUAACCGAAUUACGAACAUUGGGCAAUCAAAAUUCCGAAAUGUGUUUCUCACUCAAAUUGAAAAGUAAGAAAUUGCCGCGAUUUUUGGAAGAGAUCUGGGACGUACAAGAUAUACCACAAACAAAAGUUGUCACAACAAACGGGAGCCAAUCAACGGAAUAGUAAUUUUUUGCUCCUCCAGAACGAACCGAAACUUUCAUUCGAGGUUUUUUUUUCGUAUUCGUCUCAGAGGUUCUUGUGUUCUUUCGGUUUUGUUUCUUUUUACAGUUAUGGGAUUAGAAAUUCGAUCGUUGUGUGUGCGGCUUUGAUUCAAUUCAUUCCAUCCACGAGAUAUCAAUAUUACGUGCGGGCGCAUGGAUAGGUAUGAAUAUCGUCGAUAUUACACGUGGAAUGAAUAAAAGAAGUUGAUUAGAUUGACGAGAUAUUGAAUUGAACCCUAUCUUUCUUUCUUUAAAAUUCAGAAAUUUAGAAAUUCUUAAAGAGUUUUAUGGAAUGGAAUCUUCACGAAUUGAAUUCAUGAAGAUAGACCCUGAAUUGGACAAACAUUUCGAGCGAUUUUUGAAAAUCAACGAGAAGACUUAUCUUCUUGGCUGUCAAAAAUCUUUCGAAAUGUUGAUCCACACAGUUCAGCUCAAUACGUAAUCUGUCUUUUUUACUUCUUUGGCUUGAAAUUCCAUUACAACGAUGGACGUUAUAUGAUUCCAUAACUGUAAUUCUUAAUGUUGUGCUGCUAUAUUCAAUACGCAUGGAAACAGUAACAGUACUAUCGUGUAGUCUCGUUCGCGAUAAAAAUGAUUGGAUUUUCACUUUAGUAUGAAACGAAAUUUUAAAAUGCAAAGGGAAAGAUAAAGAACCUAUAAAUAUGACUGGAGCCUUGUUUCAUAUAAAAAGAGAGAUCUAAAAAAUCUCCCAGUUUUUUAUUUGCAUUUUCAUUUUUAUUGAAACAAUCAGAAAUUGUAGAAAAAUUAAAACAAACAAAAAUUCUAUUCAAAAACCAACAUUACAAAAAAUGAAUAUUGGCUCCUUAUCGUUUGGCUGUGACUUGUUAGUAGAACGCUAAUUUUAAAUAUUUAAACAUUUAAGGAUUACAAAAUGGAAGUCUAUAAAAAGAGAGAAAAUAGUUUAUUUGAAGAGAGUGUGGUAUAAAUAUAUAUAUAAAAAAGCAAAAAAAUAAUAAUGAAAAUAUGUGUAAGGAAAAUGACCACAAAAUUAUUAUUAUAAAGAUAAAAACCAAUAAAAGAAAUAACAUUAAAACAGAAGAAGUAUAAAUGGAAAAUCUAAUAUAAAUUAUU